CUUCAACAAAAGGAAUCGUCUUAAAAUCCGAAAUCACAUUCACAACCAUGUAAAUUUCGAAUAAACUUUCGGUGCAAUGCGAAUGCCUUAGCGCUGGUUUUUUCAUUGUUUCCACUUGUUCUAUCUUUUGGGUGAGUUGGAGGCCACCAGGAGAACCAAGAAGUAUUUCAAAGUUCAACGACAACCAGUAGAAUCAGAAUCAGCAUGGCCUCCACGGACUCGCCGCGUGGUCGUUCCGAACAGCGGGAGGACCCCAGCUCCAGGUUCCGCAAGGCACGGUCCAUUUCUCGCCGGGUGACGGUGUCUUUGCUGGCGGUAGCGGGAAGCGGCUCUUUUUCGUCGAUGCCGGGGACGAGAAGUACUGGCGUGGUUCUCGUGGAGGCGAACAUCGUGGCGGGGAAAGAGCAUGAGCCGGAUCAUGAGAUCUACAACGACGCUCCGCCUCGGGACCGAGCGGACGUGAGGGACGAUGCGCCGGUCCUUGGGGCGGGAAUCGAAGGUGAGGACUCUCAGGACUUCCAGAUGACUGAACUGCUCAUGGACGAUGCGGAGUUCAGCGAUGUUGACGAGGAUGGGACAGCCGCGCAACUGAUGCAGGAAGGCGAAGCUCAGACGAGGACGACCACCAAGGUCCCCACACCGUACAGGUGCGCCGUUAACACAAUUGGUUUGUCUUCGACAUGCAUGUACAAGCGGUUGUGGUUUGGUGCUAAAUGGGAAGCCGCAGCUGACGACUGUUGCAAAUAUAAUAGUGCAAAAUCCAAAUGCAGUUGGACGGGAAGCAAAGGAUGCCCGAGGGAACCGGGCAUGGAAGGUUCUAUUUUUGAUUUUACUGAUGAACAACAUGAAGUGAUGAAAUGGAAGAUUUCCACAGGAAGCAGUAGAAAACUUACAACUACAUCGAGAACAAGGUGGCUGAUUUUCCCUGUUUGUGUGAUGCGACAUACAAAAUACGACAGCACAAAGGAAGGCGGACGAUGCCCACGAGGCGCGACUUCUUGUCGAUCCGGCGUUGCAGAGAGCAACUGGGGCGUCCGGGAGGAUUUGGAGGGAGCAACAAGCGAAUCGACUCAGGGAGGCUGCAGCUGCCGAGGAUGCGUUGGCUCAUGUAAAUCCGGCGUCACAUGGAGCAACUGGGGCGUCCGGGGAGAUUUGGAGGGAACAACAAGCGAAUCGACUCAGGCGGUCUGCAGCUUCCGCGAAUGCCGCGGAUGCGAAUGCCGCGGAUGCGUUGGCUCUUGUCGAUCCGGCGUCACAUGAAGCAACUGGGGUUUCCGGGGAGAUUUGGAGGGAGCGACAAAGGAGACGACUGCGCGACGGCGUUGCAUAAUUAGCCGCUGCACUGUUGAGAAGGAGAAGAGGAUAUUGAUACAACUGCAAUUCAUCGUCUGACCAUAUAUCGUCAUUAUUUGUUUCAUCCAUGCUGUGGUCGAGAAAAUUGAUCGUGUGCAUUUGAAUGAAACACUGCUAUUCGCCCCCCCGAGGGCGCUUCGUAACUCUCCUUUCCAACUUACUAUCUAGUAGCUGUUCAAUCGAUCAUCGUAUUUGUCAAGUGAGUUUCGCCUCCUGUCUCAUCAUUCUUGUUCCUUGUUAUCGUUACAAUGUGUAGUAUCCUUUGACUUUGUCGUUUCAGUGCAUGAUUGCGUUGCAGGGGCUUCAUCGCUCAGAGAAUUUCUUUCGUUGUCUCAGAGGCAAGACACGGAACAUCUUGGGUGACCGCUGCCAUUUGUUGACAUAGGUAACUGAAGGGUCGCUUUUUGGGGUGCAUGGAAUCGUCGUCGAUCAUUGCGCGUUUCCUUGCUAAUAUUUGUUGAGCACUGCUUUCACUGUACAUUCUGCUGGAAAAAACCGGUAAAAUUCAUUGAGCCGGCAUGUCCUCCUUUGCCAAGAAGUUGAAGUAGAAGUAGCUUGGUUUGGGCAAAUCCGAGAUGGGCACACGCAUCA